GAAAUCAGGACGACCUUGAAGUGACCGUUUGAAGGUUAGACACCAGUGGACAUUACAAAAAUUGCGUACUUUUGUGUGUUCACAUCAAAAUGUACGGAAAUGAAGGGAUGGAAAGGCUUAUUCCGCUUGUUAACAAGCUUCAAGAUGCUUUCGCGUCUCUCAACUUACCACUGAAUCUGGAUCUACCUCAAAUCGCAGUUGUAGGUAGCCAGAGCGCUGGUAAAAGUUCUGUGCUUGAGAAUUUCGUUGGACGUGAUUUCUUACCACGAGGUAGUGGUAUAGUUACACGAAGACCGCUUAUAUUGCAGCUGGUGCAUGACAAGUCAGUUGAAUAUGGGGAAUUCAUUCAUUGUAAGAACAAGAGGUUCACAGAUUUUGAUGAAAUACGUCGAGAAAUCGAACAGGAAACAGAGAGAGUUACUGGUUCGAACAAAGGUAUUUCGAACAUUCCUAUCAACCUCAGAAUUCACUCGCCAAGAGUUCUCAAUUUAACUCUUAUUGAUCUUCCUGGAAUGACCAAAGUGCCAGUGGGGGAUCAGCCUCCCGAUAUUGAAACUCAAAUACGCAAUAUGAUAAUCGAAUUUAUUGAGAGAGAUUCAUGUCUAAUUUUGGCUGUCAGUCCCGCCAAUUCUGAUCUCGCUAAUUCUGACGCUUUAAAACUUGCCAAAGAAUAUGACCCGCAAGGUCUACGUACAAUUGGAGUCAUAACCAAGUUAGACUUGAUGGAUGAUGGUACAGAUGCGCAGGAAAUCCUGGAAAAUAGGCUACUUCCACUUCGGAGAGGUUAUGUAGGGGUUGUCAAUAGAAGUCAGCGGGAUAUAGAAGGACGUAAAAAUAUCAGUGCUGCUUUGGAAGCUGAACGCAGAUUUUUUCUUUCACAUCCUAGUUAUCGCCAUAUGGCUGAUCGUAUGGGAACUCCCUAUCUUCAGCGAAUACUAAAUCAGCAGCUCACUAACCAUAUUCGUGAAACUCUUCCCAAUCUACGUAAUCGUUUACAGGCUCAGUUAAUUAGUUUGGAGAAGGAGGUGUCAGAUUUCCGUAAUUAUCGUCCGGAUGACCCAGCCUACAAAACGAAAGCAUUACUACAGAUGGUACAGUCAUUUGAAGCAGAAUUUUCUCAAAAUAUUGAUGGACAUGUCUCUGAAGUGGACACUCAAACAUUGUCUGGUGGUGCUGAAAUUAAUCGGGUGUUCCAUGAACGGUUCCGUUAUGAUUUACUUAAGAUUGAGUUCGAUGAGAAAACCUUGAGAAGAGAAAUUGCUGUCGCUAUCCAAAAUAUUCAUGGUGUUAGGCCUGGAUUAUUCACCCCUGAUAUGGCAUUCGAUGCUACAGUGAAGAAACAGAUUGAAAGACUUCGGAUCCCGUCACUAAAAUGUGUUGAUAUGGUUGUAUCUAGACUGACAGAUGUCUUGCAGCACUGUAGCGAUAAGGUAGGACGAUUUCCACGACUUCGUGAAGAGAUUGAGCGUAUAGUGAAUAUGCGGGUUCGUGAAUUAGAGAUAGCUACUAAACAACAAAUUAAAACACUAAUCGAUUUUCAACUAGCCUACAUGAAUACAAAUCAUGAAGAUUUUAUUGGAUUUCAAAAUUACUCAGAUGACGCAUCGAGUGCUGAACAACGAGUGGCUGAUAGUGCUAAGAGUAAAUUGGGCAACCAGGUUAUCUGUAAAGGUUGGCUAAGUCUAAUCAAUCCGAGUUUACUACGCGGUGGCAGUCGUUAUUGUUGGUUUGUGCUAACCGCUGAUACACUGACAUGGUACAAAGAUGAUGAAGAACGUGAAAAACGAUAUGUUCUUCCGUUAGAUGGAUUAAAACAACGUGCUGGUGAUACUGGUUUCUUUUCAAAACGACCAACAUUUGUUCUCUAUCAUCCAGAUCCUAAAACCAAUGUAUACAAAGAUCAUAAAACACUGGAUUUAUCUGCAGACUCAGAAGAGGCAGUCGAGGCUUGGAAAGCUGCUCUUGUUCGUGCUGGAGUUUUUCAUGAUCCAAUUUCUAAACCAGAUGAACAGAAUGAUGAUGGUGAUUUGAGUAAGGCAGCAGCUGAUCCAAAACUUGAAAGACAAGUGGAAAUUAUACGUAAUCUAGUUGAUUCUUACAUGAAGAUUGUCACUAAAACUCAACGUGACAUGGUUCCGAAAAUAAUUAUGCAUCAAUUAAUUAAUGAGAUCAAAAUGUUUUUGAAAGGAGAUCUAUUACCUGGAUUAUAUGCUCAAGAUCCUAAUAAUCUAAUGGAGGAAUCAGCGGCUGAAAAAAAGCACCGUGAAGAAAUGAUCCGUAUGUAUGAUGCAAUACGCGAAGCCCUGUCAGUUAUAUCGGAUGUUAUAGCAAAUACGCAUAGCGUCCCAUUACCGCCACCGGUUAAUGAUGAUUGGAUAGAGACAGAACCCGCGUCCGGACCCAACAACAACCGUCGACCAUACGCUUCUAGUAAUGCAUCUUUACCUGGUCUUUACCCCACUCCAUCGAGAGCUACAACUCCUAAUAACAACAAUUCUAAUCCUGCUGGUCGUCCUAUACCAUCUAGACCUGCUCCAAAUUUACCAAUGCGCCAUACUUUGAAUCCUCCGGCAAUAGUGACUACAGCUCCUGGUCAACUUCCUACUCCACUUCUUCCUCAUCGAAUGCCUCAAAUCAAUAAUGGUUUUUCACAUAGUGCAAGUACUGGUCAUCUUCCGGGUACUAUAUCUUCAGGAGCUACUAAUAAUUCGAAUAGUGUAACAAACGGUUCAAAUCCAAAUACACCAUGGAUUGCUUUUGAUCCUCUUUUCAAUCAAUCACAGUCUGGAACAAUAGCUCCACCUAUCCCUCCACCAAAACUUACAUCAUUAUCUGGUAAUCUUGGACAUCCAACUAUACCAGAACGUCCAGGUACUACUGGUAUGCCUCGCAUUCCCCCUCGGCCGACUUCAUAAAUCAACAUAUAACGUCUACAGUUAUAAUGCAUAUUAAUUGCCUUUUAUCAUUAUGCAAAUUUCAGGCUGAUUUCCUGUUCCCUUCUUAUACGAAAAACACAACAAAGCAAAAACAAUCUUUUAUGUAAGAUACUAACUAAAUGGCCUUAAAUAUUUGUUUGUGUACACACGUACUUCACCAUUCAAUGGCUGUUUUUUUCUUCUAUUGUUGUUAAUCUCUAAAGUUUUAAGCAAAAGUUGAUUGCCAUUUGAUCUUCCCCUGUGUCUCUCUUUUUUUAUUUGCGCUUUCCUCUCCUCACCCCCCUGUCUCAUCAAUGCUCAAAACCGAAAUGAAAAUUGUGCCUUGGAACAACUGGCAGUGUAGUAAGCUUUUCUGGUGUCUCACACCUCUCUAUCUCCUUGAUGAAUGAGUGAAUGAAUGUAAGGAGAGCACUGCCUUUUUACUGCUGCUCCUCGUUGUGCUGCUGCGCCCCCCUACCCCUAUGGGCUCUUUUCGAUCUCAAAUUACUGACUAUUUUUCUGUCGAAAAAUAUCAUUUUUUUAAAAAAAUUAUUUCCUUGUUGUUAUUCUAAUGACUCAUGUUUUUUUUGUCUUUUUAUUUUAAGAAUGUUGGAAUUUUUACAUCAUUUUAAAAUUCAAUGAAUUUUACUCAUCAUACGUUUUAUCUGAUUUCUCCUAUGCCCUCUCCCUCCCUACCUACCUACCUAUUAUAACAUUAGUAUUCACUUAUUUACAGAUGAAUAAAAAUGCACAUUUUCUAUUUGUAUAUUCUUAAAAUUUAUUUAUACUUCAUACAAAUACCUGUUUGUAUGUUUGUCUGUAUGCUAGAAAAUAUUUAAAAUACUUAUUGGUUGGUUAGUUGUAAAAAUGGAUAUCCAGUUGCUUGUCGAUGGUGUUCUUUGACACUUGCAUGAAAUGCUUAAAAUGAAAAUAACUAUUGUUACUCAACGGUCGGUUACAAUUCCUCGCAGAGUUGGUCUCCAACUGCACCUAUUGAUUGUGAAGGCUAGUGAUUACUAUCUUGCUGUGUGUGUGUGAACCUUGAUUGGUGCUGAGAGUGCGGGGGCGGGGAACGUUCAAACCUGUGACCCACUCACUAGUUGGAAGUCGACGGCCUUAGAAAUACUGUAACCCUGUGGUCGUCAUCUGACUACUUCUGAUAUGAUAGUAGUAGUAGUAGCAGCAGCAG